AUGGCGUCUGCCAACACGUGCUUCUUGGAAGCCCGAAUUGCGGAGCAGCGCAAUGUGCCAUACUCAAAUUCUCAAGGUGCUUUGACCAUGGCACGCCGCUGGCUCCGCUGUACAGAAAUGCACAAAAGAUGGCAACACGAUCCGCCCCGCGGAGACCAGCCGGAUGCACUGAAAGAACAAGCUCGCACACUCGACGAUGUUGAAGCGUUGCUACCCAAUCAGUAUAUUCUAGACGGAACUCAGCCUCCUGUCAACGAAGAAUUGCGGCUUACAUACUUGGACCUUGAAGGAGCUUUUGAAUGA